GAGUACCUUUGUAAAAACCGAAAGUCAACAAAAAUCAAAAAGACAAAAGUUAAAAAAAAAGUUUACCUAAUCAAAAAUCAAAAUGAAUUGAAGUUCGAACAUAAUUUUAUUUGGUAUACAAGCUGCCAAUAGCUUGCUAGCUUGCUACAGAUUUAUUAAGCUGUGGUUACCAUUGCCAAUAUCAGAAUCGGAAUUGUACAAGAUUAAUGAUAUAAUAAAUUAAGUUAACCUUCAAAAAUUGAAGUUAGCAACAACGAAUUGAGAUUUUAUUAUAACAUAAUCUAAAUAAUUUAUAGUGAUAAGCGAUUCAUACUUCAUAGAGAAGGUUUUGUAAUAUCUGUAGAUUCUGUAGUAAGAAGUUUAUGGACAGCUGUUCUGGUUGCGUAAUAAUUAUUAACCAUCUAAAUAUAACCAUUUUUUCCAAACAAUGCUAACAGAAGAUAAAAAUAAAGUUGUAGUAAUCGGUUCUUGCAGUGUUGAUUUUGUGACGUAUGUAUUAAAAUCUUUUACCGUGGUAUGCGGUGAUUACCGUGCCAUUUUCAAUGGUUUAAAAAGUACAGUUAUUUCAUCAAUAAAAAUAAUGACAUGUUUAUGUGAUACUUAUCUAUAAAAAAAUAUGCUACACUAUAAAGUUUUUACUUUCCUUUCCUGUAUAGCUAAGUAUGAAUUUGCAACGGAAUGCAAUUCCAAUUUUGUGAUAGGAUAUCCGAAAAUGUAGACAAUGCAGUGACAUGUGAUUUUAAAGGUAGUUUCUCUUCUUUACUGAAAACAGUUUGCCAUCCAGGCAUUCAAGGUGCUUUACCAUUCAAUUUUGACGACAAUUUAUUUUGAUGUAGGCCAUUUUUCUGCUACAGAAUGCCUUGAAGUACGCCUAGAUUUCCAUUGUUAUCAAAAUCUGUUUUAUUUUUAAUUUGUAUUAUUGCCUUGAAGAAGUGAACACUUAUUGUGGAUAUUCACCACGGCUGCCUAAACCUGGAGAGACACUUCAUGGACACAAAUUUACUACUAGUUUUGGGGGUAAAGGAGCUAAUCAAUGUGUAGCAGCAACAAAACUUGGGGCAAAUUCAUACAUAAUAAGUAGAUUGGGAGAUGAUCAGUGGGGGCAGAAAUAUAAAGAGUAUUUAAAAGAAAUUGGUGUAGAUGUCACGCAUGCAGCCAUUACAUCCAACAGUUCAACUGGUAUUGCUCAAAUCGCAGUUGCUGAAAAUGGAGAAAAUCAAAUAGUUAUUGUUCCAGGGUCUAAUAAUCUUCUAUGUUCUAAUGAUGUGAAGGAGGCAGAAAACCUAAUUAAAAGUGCUGAUGUUAUUGUAGGACAACUUGAAACACCCCUUGAAUCAACAUUGGAGGCUUUUAAGCUUAGUAAAGGUAUAAGAAUUCUUAAUGCUGCGCCAGCUCGGAAAGAUAUAGACAGCAUCUUACCAUAUUGCUCUAUUUUAUGUAUUAAUGAAUCGGAAGCUUCCUUGCUUGCUGAUUUUGCAGUUGACGUAUCGAAUGCUCCAUUAGCAAUAAAUAAGUUAUUAGAAACUGGAUGUGAAACAGUCAUUAUAACCUUAGGAGAAAAGGGAGCAAUUUUUUCUUCAAAACACGAUAAAAAAUAUUUUCAAGUUUUUUGUGAAAGUGUUAUUCCGGUCGAUACCACCGUAAGUAUUUUAAUCUUAUUGAAGUACCUGUCAAGCGUAAACAACAUCAAUAAGUAUUAUGUAUUAUUACUCGUAUUAUAGUACAAACAAGCGAUCGUGGUAAAACUUUUCAGUCAUGAUAAAUUAUGCUUAAUCUACAUAUUUCCAAGUGUACGUAAUCUCCGAAUCUGAAUCCGAAUUCUUUUUCUUUCCAGAAAAUGUAAAACAAUGCCUUUCUGCUAUAACAGCAGAAAUCGAGUGAAUAAAUAACAUUUUAUUUUAAUGUAAAAUUUAUUUAAACUUAGAAUUCCAAGUACGCUGCAUCAAGAUAACAUCUGAACUGAGUCUCAGUCCAGAAGAGUAAAUGCGGCUUGUCAGUCUCAAUGUGGUAGUGGACUGUGUUGAGAUUAAGGUAAGUGCACCUCACAAACAUCUAAGUGCAGGUCUCGGAUGUUUGUAAGGUGCACUUUGAUAGGGAGCGAAUGCAACCGCUAUAAAAAGAAAUGGUGGAGUGAAUAGGGUGAGAGAAUGGCAGUUAGACAAUACGUCACGCACAUAACCUAGGGAUGCAAACAACGUUACAACGUUGGUGGAAACCGCGGGGACGCUCGAACCAGUUCCACAAACGAGAAGGUUCUAUAUUCGUCGCGUAUGUUUUACAUAGAACAACAUGAACCACCGGCGGACAGCAGGGGAAGUAGCCAUACGCGGUUGUUCGCCUCUGUUAAAUUAUAAGUCCACACGGUCCUAUGCGUUGUUACUUACUGCUAAAGUACGUAUCGAGCUGUGUAUCGUCGAGAGUAAACUCCGCGUAUUUUAAUAGAUUAAAACUACUAAAAUCAUAGUUUUACCUUAAAUAAAUACUAAAUUAUACAUAAAACAGUGCAAUAAUCAAUAGCUUAUGCUAUCUAGACGAAAUUAUUAUAAAAAAGCUUAAAAACUUGACAAUAAGUUAAGAGGUAGUAAAAAAGAGUAAAAUUUUCAUAAUAGGAGGACAACAAUGCGUGGGUCUGGCGUCAAGACUGAUUUAUUCUUGAACAAACAUGAAAUUUAAAGAUUUUGACAUUUUCUCUUGGACAAAACCUUAUGCCAAAACAGAAGAAAUCCUUAAAGACUGUUAUAACAUUGAAGAUUCUAACAAUAACUAUUUUAUUUUGUGUGUUGGGGAAAAUGACACGAACGUUACAAAGAUAUUCUUUGAAACAGCUGCAGUAAUAAAAAUACUAAAAUACUCUAACUUUAUUAUACUUAAUACUAAUUACAAUAAAUAUUUAAAUAAAUAUAAACUAAAUAAUAUGUUAAAAAACUUGUGCAAUAACAUGCCAAAUUGUAAUUUUAUUGAAUGCACAAACAGGUCUAGGACGGAAUAUCACGCAUAUAUUUGUGCAAAGAUUAAUCUAAUGUUAGACUCUAAAUAUUACGAAAACCAUUUUAUUAAAAAUAUUAAAACUAUUAUUAAAAAUCGCAGUAAUGUAUCUGAUAAGAUGCACAUUAUGGGAAAAUCCCAAGGAAUAAUUACGCUAUCUUACGAAAGUAAAACUGCUGAACCUAAAAUUGGCACCAUACCUUAUUAUUUCAAAAAGGUGAAUAAAUUAAAUAAGACAUUAACUGUUGAAAAUAGCAGAAGCCUAAAUAUGUCCACGACUCAAUUUUUUCGCACACAAUAACAACCAAAAACAUGAAAUUACUUCCAUACUACAUCAAAACAUAGCAGGUUUGUUUAACAAAACUGAUUCGAUAGAACUAUGUAUUGAUGAACUAAUAAAUGAGGGGCAAUCAAUAAGCUUUUUAUGUUUUAGUGAAACAUUUGUUAAAAAGGGAGGUGAGAGUAACAUUAAGUUUAAACAUUUUAAAUUAGCUUCACUAUAUUGUAGAAUAAAAGAAAAACGUGGGGGAGUAUGUAUCCUUAUUAGAAAGUCAAUAGAAUUUAUAUUAGAUAUAAUAGACUUAGAAGUUAUACAAUUGUGCUAUGAAUUAUCUGCAGACAAAGUUUUCGAGUGUUGCGGUAUAGAGGUACCAAGUUACAACUGUAUAAUUUUUUGUGUAUAUAGAACUCCCAAUUCGCCUAUCAAUAUUUUUCAACAAAUUAGAUCUUAUUUUUCAUAAACUAGCAUUUAAGCUAAACAAAAAGAAAGUCAUUUUAUGUGGUGACUUUAAUAUUAACACGCUUAAAAAUAAUAACGUCACUGAUGACUUAAAAAUUUAUCAAACACGUUGUUGUACAAAUGUGAAAAACUAGGAAUCAGAGGACCGGCUUUGGAAUGGAUCGAAAGCUAUUUGACAAAUCGGCAACAAUGUGUUGAAGUACCACGUAUUAAUAAUAAUCUAGAGUUAACAUAUUACAGAUCUCCUUAUCUACAUAAUGACUAUGGGGUACCUCAAGGGAGUGUUUUAGGGCCUUUAUUGUUCAUUCUAUAUAUAAAUGACUUACCGAGUAUAACAAAGCAUCAGUCCGUACUAUUUGCUGAUGACAUACCAAUUAUUAUACCCCACACUAAUAAUUCACAGAUAUAUGAACAAGAGAUAAAUUCCACUAUAAAAUCAGUUAUAUCAUGGCUAGAAGAUAAUAAUUUACAAGUCAAUACUAAAAAAAACUAAAUAUAUUCAAUUUGGAAAUUAUAAAACAAAACUACAAAAAUUAGACUUAACAUAUAAGGGCGAAAGAUUGGUAGAGGUAGAAGAUACACAAUUCCUAGGUGUUGCUAUUGACCAGCAUGUAAAAUGGAAAUUACACGUUAAUAAGGGAGCAGGCGAUGCAUUUGUCGGUGCUUUAGCAACUUAUUUAGUCAGUCACAAAAACUAUCCAAUGCAUCAAAUUGUUGGUGCAGCUUGCCAAGUUGCCACUAUAUCAGUAACAAAAGAAGGAACCCAAAAUAGUUAUCCUACAAAUUUUGACGCUUUUAAUAAGCAAUACAGAUAUGUAGAAUUAGAAUAAAUUUAAUACCUUAC